AUGAAGAACCAGAGAACAAUUCUUCUGCUCGGCAGCAUGACGACAGGAAUAAUCAUGGUUCUGUUUGUGGCAGACUUCAUGAUGCCAAAGAGAAACUCGGUUAAGUCUGCAGGCCUGGUUGAGAGGGGAAGGAUGUCUUUGUUCGGGACAAGGACAUCUAUGGUUGGGAAGUACAUCGAAAAGAAGAGUGUGGAUAAGAUGAAUGCCUUGGGGGAAAAGAUGGAUGCCUUGAGGGAAAAGAUGGAUCUGAUGAACAAGAAGCUGGACAGGGCCAUUGAGAUUGUCAGGGAGCUUAAGUCUUCGACGAAGACCGACUCUGCAGUGGUGAGAGAGGGGAUUUCUGGAGAUAAGGGCAUAUACCAUGAGCCCGAAUACUCAUAUCGUUAUGCCGAGAGGUCUCCACUAGGCCCUAGAACUCUGUUUACUCAGCCAUAUCGCCUGGGGGAGAGAGUCCAGACCACAGAAGCUCUCAGCCCUCCAGAGCCACCUGGAAAGAGCCAGCCUCUCAGUGACAGUGCUGAUAUCUUCUAUCCAAAGCAUUCUAGCGAUCUGCAUCACAAGACGUCUACUUCCGAAGGUCACAAUAUUCCCACCACAGACAGAUCCAGCCCGUCCACCGGCCCUGAAAAGAAGACAGAGGUGGAAAGCUCUCUUUCUAAAGGGGUUGGACUGGGGACGCCUGGGUUUUCGGGGAACAGCAGCUUUGACAACACGAUUGGAGGCGUUGUUUCAAACGGAGAAAGUCUGGAGAAGCUCAUAGGAGAGUUCCUUAACGAGAGCUUUUCUGCCAUCAAGCCUUCCACAUCGGUGGAGGAAGGUAACAAGGAAGCGUUGGAUAAAGGUAAGUCCUUAAGGGAAGAUAAAGAGUUGAAGAACGAGGACACACAGCCUGUGCUUGGAAGUACCGGAGCAUCUGCCUCCCAGAAGCCUCAUGGCAGUAGUGAGAAGAAAAGCACAUAUGCCAGGAGAGAUACUCAGGGAAGCAAGGAACCACUGGCCCUAGCACUUGAUAAGAGGCCCAAUGAAGCAGUAGGCAAGGAGACGACUUCUCCGCUGAACAGUAGCCCGCAGAAGACUGGUGGGCUAGAGACAAAGUCCUUUUCAGGCAAAAGAUUCCGGGGAGUGAGCGGGGCUGGUGAGCUCACCGGCCACAACAGUUCUCGCCCUGCAGACGGAGGCAUAGGGGGGAAUUCUGCUCUAUAUCCAUCGGAAAGCGAAGUGAGCUACGAUGAUACCUCAAGUAGUACUGGUGAGGAAGGAGGUGCUGUGGUGGGGCUGGGAAACAAAGCCCAGAGGCCUAGGAUCUCUCUCAUCAAGCUGUGA